AUGCUCGCUCGGCGAGCCAUACCUCGCCUGCAACAACCAUUUCGGCAGUUCGCGCAAAGAACAUUCUCCACAGCAGAGCUCAGCAAUGGCAUCAAAAUGGCGUAUGAGAAGUACGAGCCGGAAAGUGGACAAUCUCAUGAGGGUGCUCCGGUAGUCUUCGUUCACGGCCUAUUUGGUUCCAAAAGAAAUCACCGGAGCAUAAGUAAGUAAGGAGAACGAGAUGUGCCGAAGGAAAUGGACGUGGAGCUCAUGGCCACCUAGACAACUUGUUCGCGACCUGAAGAGACCUAUCUACGCCGUCGAUACGCGAAACCACGGCGACUCCUCACACGAUCCACGACACGACUAUACCGCUCUGGCAGAAGACCUCGAACUAUUCCUACAACAGGAGAAGAUCAAAGAUGGCACGCUCAUUGGCCACUCGAUGGGGGCAAAGGUUGUCAUGACUGUUGCACUUCGCAAGAAAGUACCCAUCGGACACCUCAUACCUGUUGACAAUGCACCCGUGGACGCUGCUCUCAAGUCCGACUUCGCCAAAUACACAGUAGGAAUGCGCAAGAUCGAAGAAGCCGGCGUAAAGUCGCUCCGUGACGCCGACAAGAUCCUCUCGGACUAUGAACAGAGCUUGCCUAUCAGGCAGUUUCUACUCACCAAUCUGAUGCAUACUGAGGACGGGACUCAGAAAUUCCGCGUUCCUCUGAAGUAUCUGACGGAUUCGCUGGACAAACUUGGCGAUUUCCCUUUCAAAGAUCCAGACGAGGCCAGGUGGGGAGGCCCAACUCUGAUCGUGCGAGGAUCGAGGAGCCGCUACGUGGCGGACGACAUGCUGCCCAUCUGUGGAAGAUUCUUCCCGAAGUUCGAGCUGUCAACCAUCGACGCUGGCCAUUGGGUGAUCAGCGAGAAGCCCGAGGAGUUUAGACAAGGCAAGUGAAGUCGUGCUGGCGAUGACUCCCUGUUGCUAAUCGAUUUGCAGCUGUUGUCGAAUGGCUCCUGAAGAAGGAGUAA